CACUUUCGGCGGCCGCGUUGCUUCGCGGUGAGGGAGUCGGAUACGGCGAGCAGCGUGGGCCGCGGGCACUGGUAGCGAUACUCUCUGUGUGAUGUGCUGUGGAAGCUCGUCAGGCAGGUGGGUAACGCUAAAAGGGCUUUUUUGCGGGUGAUGGUGGGAACGAAUCGAGGAAAAGUAGGAUUGCGCCACAGCUACUUAGCCCGCUGGGGCUAUCAAUUACGAGUGUAGCUAAACCUGUCCGCGUGCAGUCAGAAUCUCAUGGGCACCUACAGCGAGCAGAAGCAGCAGCACAAGCAGAGGAAGCGAGGCUGACGCUGUUGUGUUUGUAAGUAGGAAGUAGAGGAAGAGGAAGAAGCAGAAGAAGUAGAAGCGGAAGGGCAAAGGUCGAGGCGGAAGUGUGAGUGUGUAUGUGUGUGUGUGCGCGUGCUCGAAGCGCGCAAGUUUGAAGCCUGGACACGAGAUUCGGAUUCAGGCGUGGGGACGUCCGUUUGUAAGCGUAGGCAGUUUUGUGCAGUUUUGGGUCAUGUUGGGGACGAUAUCACCCUUGUGCGAAGAGGACAGCGGGUUUGGGGCUGCGACGUGUGAUUUGUUGCGGAAAGGUCCGCUACAUCUCGCUUGUAUAGUAUCCUUGACUGAGUGAACGUUUUGAGUCUAAAAUUUGGUCACCAGCACCGGAUUGGUAGCCUGCCGCAGAAGUCCUUUGAACAUAUCUGCUUGGAGCUGGUAGAAAGCAGGAAACAUCUUUUUUCUUCUAAGGCCUUGUACAACAUGGAUUUCACGAGGAACAUGAGUAGCGUGCAACACGUCCAGAGGGUGUGGAGCCCCAUGGACAAUAGGACGGACAUGAACGAGAAGAGAAGAUCCCGCACAGGUUUGCGAGUCGAAGGAGGUGAAGACGAGGUUAUUUGCCCCAGACCUCGACGUCCCACCACUGUAAAUUGCCCUGUCAACGAGUUUGUGAAGCCUUCUCAUCGACACCGAAGUAAAUCUUCAGCUCGGUCGGAAGGUGUGGUUUGCUUCGAGUUGCUCGACAUAUUUCUCAACAAAGGGGGAUACAGGGGCGUUUCUAACUUCAGCUCUUCUCCCCCAAGUUUUUGUGGCUCUCCUCCGAGUCGAGCAGGCAACCCUUUAAUCCACGAUGCGGCAUUUCUGCAUCAGAGGACGACUUCCAACCUCUCACUUCAGAUGAACUCAUGUGGACCCUCUUCUCACAGUGCCAAACCAACUGUGCGAAUCGAAGGAUUUGGCUCAUUCGGAUCUCAAGUGUCUGCCCUUGCAUAAUAUCAUCCCGGGCCCUUCUGUGUGAUCGAAUGUGGGUGAAUCGGAUGUACAAAGUUCAGAGUAAAAAUUCCAGUUUGUAUUUUGCGAGUCAAUUUUUUUUUGAGGAUUAUCUGUUGACAUUUCAACAAUACUGCGGAUGGACUCCUGUGGCUAGCAGGUGGACCAACCCAAUAAGGAUGACGGUGCAGCAGAGCUAGUUUUAUAAUGACCUGAUCCUUGCAUUGGUUUCCCCAAACCUCCCUCUUCGCUCGGUUUUUACUUUUUAUUUUUUACAUUGGCUCUUAAAGGUCUGUUUGACCUUCCAUUGUAGGCAUAGUUUCUUCCGGUAGAGCCAUGGUCUAUCGGCUUGUGAGUGAUCUACGUUGAGUGUUGCAUUUCGUACGCUGUACACAAGAAGAGUAGAUUUCAAACAAUCAGGACCACUUCACGAUGCGGCAGUGAGGCAUUUAGUGCAAGAUGCGUAGCACCAGUCACCUUUAGCUAGUGUGCAAGGCGCGUCGCCAACUCUGUGGUUUUUGCAGUUUAGAUCGAGGCUUGACAGGUAUGUCACAGCCUUGAGAGGAUUUUAGCUCAAAAUUUUCCACGGCUUUUAGUCUGUACAGAAAUCCUGUAAUAUCAUGUAACUUGAUUUUCCCGCUUGGAACUGUUGUAUUCCACUCUGAAUACCAGACUGUUUUCCCCAAAUAAACAUAUUCGCUUAUUAAUUA